AUGGAAUCCAAAGAUACCUUCAGAGAUUUGCAAUUCGAUGGUAAGCCUUCUGGAUACAGAGAUUUUCGCCGCAAAACCAUUCUUGCAGUUGCUGGACUGGAAAAUCGCCAUGCACACCUAGCUGGGCCUCGCCUUUUGCAACGUUUGCAAGGCGAAGCAUGGAGAGCGACGGAACAUCUGAAGAUUGCUGAUUUGCGAAAACAGAAUGGAUGGUUAGAAGUGAUUCAUGCCCUUGACCUCCACUACCGUUUUCUGCCUGAAACAGAGCUCCAUGAAGCAGUGGAGGAGUUCUUGUUUUCUAUGAAACGUAGGCCUGGAGAAGGAGCAACUUCUUUCAGUUCAAGAUUUCGCACUCAGUUAGAUCGUGUCCAAACACUGAUAGCUCAAGAGCGUGAGAUGCAUCGCACCCGCAAAAAGCCCAAGCGUGGUCGCAAAAAGCGAGAUGCCACAGAUGUUGACAUGCCUGAGCAACCAUCGAGCAGUCUGGAAGAAUCAGAUAAAUCUGAGGGUCCCAAAGAUCCUGAACAAGCUGAGCCUGCUACUGAGGAAGAAGCAGCCCCUGCUGGCGCCACAGCAUCGGCUGCAGCUGCUGGUCAUUCGACCGAUGAAGCUGAGCAUAGUGCUCAAACUGGGCGUUCAAAGCCUCCUUCUUCUGCUGGUUCCAAGCGUGAGAGAGCUUCACAUGCGUCAAAGGGUUCACGAGCUUCCCAAUUGUCUCGUGGAACUCACAAGUCUGACCAAGAGCGUGACAAUCGUCGCAUGAUGGAGAUGCUUGGAUCCCUGGAACAUGGACAUUUGAAGCCGAAGCCUAUUUUUCCUCAAGCAAUUCUGGGUCAUUUAUUCAUGCGUAAGUUUGGGUUGAACCGUGAACAACGAGCUCACAUCAUUCGUUCUACAAAUGGAUCAUCAAGACUGGAAGAUGUCGAACGUAUUGUUCGAGCCUCUGACUUAGAAGAAUUCCGUUCUGACGAUCGCAGACGAGAGGAACGAAAGCCCAUCAAGCAUGCCAGAAAAGAUGCCUAUGCUGUUCAGGCUGAACAACAAGUUUUGGUUGCAGAUGAUCAUGACUCCUCUUCAGACAUCAUGAAUCCUGAAGAUGACUUGGAGUCCGAAUCUGAUGAUGCCUUAGCUGUUGAGCAAGACGCUGGUGAUAGUACAAACGAAGAGUUACAAGAAAUCUACGAAGUUCAGAAAAAGGCCAAGAGAGAGUUCCGAAAGAAUUUCAAGACCUACAAAGAAAGUCGUAAGAAGGUUCGGGAGAUCAAGAAGAGCCGAACACCAUACCUGCCUGUGGUAGCCUUGAAUCAGUCUGGAGAAAAUGCCUCCUCCAGCCAACUGCCGCCCGUGGAGUUGAAAGGCUUCAACGGGAACCGUGAGGUUUCCACUGAUGGUUUGAAGUGGACUGUAAAGCUGGGAAGUUUGUGGGGAACUAUCACCACUUAUGUCAUUCCAGGUGCUGCACCUUUCCUUUUAUCUCGCCGAGUUCUGGAGGGUAUGCAAGCUAGAUUAGACCUGGGAAAGCUCACCAUCACUUCAGAAAAGCAUGAACUGUUUGAUGCACCCCUUCGACAAGCAUCCAAUGGUCAUUUGCUCCUGCCGUUGAUGGUUCAGCAGCCUGAGUUUGCAACCAAUGAAGAGUGUGCCCAUGCCGAGCACCUCGUAGAGACCAAUGAGCCCAAUACCAAUCAGAGCCCUGAGCAUUCGCAUUGCCCUUCGCACUUCCAGGACCAGGGUUGUCAGAAGCCACCCAAUAAAGGACCUGUCCGCCGUCCUGUCAGUCAAGUGAACGUAAGCCUGUUUGCCUACGUAGCCCUAGGUUCCACUGAGGAUCAUCAAAGCUCCUCAGGUGAUGCGCACCAUGAUCACCACUGUUUCUGCUGCAGGGAGUGUGAUUCAGAGGGCGAGGAUUUGAACCUCCAAAAUGAUGAUCAAGUAGGGGUCGAUACCGAAGUACUUUAUGGGGAAGAUGUGGAUUGGAGCAACCUGCCCAAUAAGAACAUAGACCCUGAAGAUCUAGAAAAGUUGAAAAACAAUAUCCAAAAGCUUAGGCACACCUAUGCACAGUUUCUCAUGACACGUUUGUUAGGAGAUCCCAACGUCAUCCUUGAAGAGUUAAGCGAUUGGCUAGGUCCCCAAGCCCACAAACUGCAUGAGACAGUGUCGCUGAUCGAAGUGUUCACCGGCAAAGCACCACUGUCCGACCGGACUGAACACCAGUGCCAAACUUCGUGCAUUCGUAUCGGCCUCGACCAUGGACAAGACCUGAACAAACAUGAUGAUCGCAGAAAGCUUCUCCUUUUAAUAGCAUACUGCAAGCCUGCCGAUGUUUGGAUAAGUUUUCCUUGUGGUUGUUGGGGUCCAUGGAGCCGCAUGAACAUGCACCGUAGUGCCGAGCUGUGCCAAGAUGUUUUGGAUGCAAGACGUCAAGCGCGACGCCACCUUUCUGUCGUGCCUGAAGUGUGGAAUCUUCAGCAGUCCUCGGGUGGACAUGUACAUGUUGAGAACCCUCUCACAUCCGAUGCCUGGAAAGAACUUCGUUUGCCUCAUGCCUAUGUUGUUCGCAUCGACCAGUGUAGUUUGGGUCUCCGAUGUGUUCGCACCAAUUUGCCUGUACUAAAGCCAACCAGAAUUGUGACCUCUUGUCGAAUGAUGGCUGAACGUUUAGUCCAGUGUAGGUGUGACCAUCGCCACCAGCAUGCGCAUUUGGAAGGUAGUUACAAAGGUAAGCCACUGACCUCCUAUGCCGAAACAUACCCAAGGAAGAUGUGCCGAGUGAUUGCUGAAGUCAUCCACAGGCGUGUUCAGAGCCAAAAGCCUUCUCUGGACAUUUUUGCCGAAUUUGACGAUGAAUUGGAAUCUGCUGAUCCAGCAGAGCCUGCUGAUGUUGUGAGGGCGGAUGAAGAAUCAACCGUUUCCAAACAGCGUAUCCAAGCCAUGAUACGCAAACUCCAUGUGAACACCGGGCAUGCCUCCAAUGAGCAACUUUUGAGGCUUUUCAUGAAGUAUGGACGAGACCGUUUGGAUCCCAAACAUGCAGCCAUGUUAGAAGAUGUUGAUGAGCAACGCAAUUUUCCUGUCCAGUCACAAGUCCUUGCCGAACCUGAGUUUAAAUCCAAAGUGCUCCUGAGAGAAGCCGCAGCAAAAGCUUUUCUUGAAGAACACUCCAAAGACACUUGGAGGAGAGCGCUUGCAGCAGUGUUGGAAGAUAUCCCUGAAGAAGAAAUGGAAGAGGUUCCUGAGCCACAGGAUGAUGGGUAUUCUCCUUCACUAGCGCCUGAUGACGCAAUGCCCGAAGCUCCCAUGGAGCCAGACAUGCCAGAGUUGCCGCCUGCAGCCCCAGAUGACGUGUCCAAUUCACAUGACGAAGUCAUGGAUGACCAGCCGCCAGAGCACUCAGUUUCCAGCGUGCCGGCCACCAAGCACCAGUGUGUGACAGCAAUGUCAGACUCAGUGCAAGGACCACUGAGUGAACCUGAGAUGCAUAUGGCCGGUGGUUUGCUCGCCCGUGCCAUUACCUAUGGACAGUCUCAAAGGUUGUCCAAGGUGAUUUUCAAUUCGAUUGGUGGGAAGCCGCUCGCAGUCAAUGCCUAUUACUUCCUGAAGCACACUGGAGAAGAGGUCGGCACCAUGGCCGAUAGUUCAAAGCGCCAGCGUGAUUUCGAUUUGGAAAGUUGGGAUAAUGUGACGGAGUCAGGUGUGAAUUCCCCGGCUGCUUCGAGCCGUGCAAGAUAUCCUGAUAUCUCCUACCAAGGAAUGAUGCCACAUGUUGAGCCGCCAUUUCCAGGGUCUGGGAAAGGAUUCACCAAUGAUGAAGAUGUGACGAUUCCCAUGCCGAAUGAUGUGGCGAAUGUGGAUGAAUGGUCGCAGACCGUGCUCAAGCUCCCCAAGGUCGCUGAUCUCAAGAUCACCUAUGGCCAGUUUCUUGAGCGUGCAAAGAAUGAUCCUGAUCUCUCCAAGUAUGCCAACUACAUCAUCGAGACGUUUGGCCCCCAUGUGAAGAACAAAAAGACAACCAGCUAUACCCAGGGUGUGGAUUUUGCCCAUUUCCUGUGCCGUGUCAAGUAUGUUCAGCAAAGCCAUGGAGGUGGAUUCAAGCGCGAAUUGCGCAAGUGA